AUGGUAACAAACGGCGCACUCUCAUCUCUGGCCGAUAACCGAUUGCGCUGCUUUGUUAUCGGGAGCAGCUGUUGACGAGCAACGUAGACAAAAGUAAAUAUUAUUGAAAAUCCACAUCAAAUAAAGCGCAUACAAACACUUGCAAACUUAAACAAGGGAACAUCUAUCGCUAGUCAGCUGCAUUAGUCGAACUCGAAAAGUUCAGGAGAAACUAGUUCCGAGCGUGUUGUGACUUUCGCAUUCGCCGCAUUUGUGGCUUAUUUCCUUGUUCUCCCGACCCAAGUACCAUAUAAAUAAGCGCGGCUCGAAAGCAGGUUUUGCAUUCAUUGUAAAACAGUGCCAAAGCGCGCAGCUGAUCAGCCGCAGGUAUAAAUCCGCAUCUACAUCCACAUCCAGAUCCAGACCAGAUAUAGUAUAAAUCGACCUGAAAUGUCGCAGCAACCUGUUGCCUUCCUAACCCGUCGCGAAACUUUCAGCGCCUGUCAUCGUCUCCAUAGUCCCCAAUUGAGCGAUGCCGAGAAUCUGGAAGUCUUCGGCAAGUGCAACAAUUUCCACGGCCACGGACACAACUAUACAGUUGAGAUAACCGUUCGUGGUCCCAUCGAUCGGCGAACCGGAAUGGUGGUGAACAUCUCGGAGCUGAAAGAGGCUAUAGAAACUGUGAUUAUGAAGCGUCUGGACCACAAGAAUCUCGACAAGGAUGUGGAAUACUUUGCCAAUACACCCAGUACCACAGAGAACUUGGCCGUUUACAUCUGGGACAACAUCCGUCUGCAGCUGAAGAAGCCGGAAUUGCUGUACGAGGUGAAGAUCCAUGAGACCCCAAAGAACAUUAUCAGCUACCGCGGACCGUAUCUGCUCAACGGAAUCUACAAUCCCAUCAACAAACGUAUCACCCACGAUUCCUGCACCAAUAUAUCGUCGGAUUCGGAUUGAACUGCGUUUACAUGCGAAUAUUGUGACAUCGCCUAACGAAUUUGAUUGGACCAAUGCUCAGCGAACACUAACCCCAACCUCUUAAGCACACGCGUAGAAAAGGACACUUACCAUGUAAGGAAAUGAAAAGAUAUACGAAUUACACAGUAUGUAGGAGUAAAAUAUGUUUAUGCAACAUAACAUUGAAUAAAACAACGGCAACUGAAA